AUGCAGGCGGUGUACUGGUACGCGGUCCUUCUGCUGCAGCCCACCCUCUACCUGGUUACCUGUGCAAAUUUAACAAAUGGAGGAAAAACAGAACUUCUAAAAUCAGGAAGCUCCAAAUCCACACUAAAGCACAUAUGGACAGAAAGUAGCAAAGACUUAUCAAUCAGCCGACUGCUGUCACAGACUUUUCGUGGAAAGGAAAAUGAUACAGAUUUGGACCUGCGAUACGAUGCCCCAGAAACUUAUUCUGAGCAAGAUCUCUGGGACUGGCUGAGGAACUCCACAGACCUGCAAGAGCCUCGGCCCAGAGCAAAGAGACGGCCCAUCGUCAAGACUGGGAAAUUUAAGAAAAUGUUUGGCUGGGGUGAUUUUCAUUCCAACAUCAAGACUGUGAAGCUAAAUCUGUUAAUAACAGGGAAAAUCGUUGACCAUGGCAAUGGGACGUUUAGUGUUUACUUCAGGCAUAACUCCACUGGUCAAGGGAAUGUAUCUGUGAGCCUAGUGCCCCCUACAAAAAUAGUGGAAUUUGACUUGGCACAACAGACGGUGAUUGAUGCCAAAGAUUCCAAGUCCUUUAACUGUCGAAUCGAGUAUGAAAAAGUUGACAAGGCUACCAAGAACACACUCUGCAACUAUGACCCUUCAAAAACCUGUUAUCAGGAGCAGACGCAGAGCCACGUGUCAUGGCUCUGCUCCAAGCCCUUUAAAGUAAUCUGUAUUUACAUUUCCUUUUAUAGUACAGAUUAUAAACUAGUACAGAAGGUGUGUCCUGAUUACAACUACCACAGUGACACACCCUACUUCCCAUCAGGGUGA